CUCCUUGACCGGAGAAGACUUGGAUUUUGCCAUUUUUCCUAAACAGCAAUAAGAAGAAGGGUGCAGAUGACGAUCGGUGCUACCAACGGUGACCAUGAGUAUGAUCGGGCGACCGCGGUGAAGCAAUUCGAUGAGUCUAAGAUCGGAGUUAAAGGUCUUGUGGACUCCGGCGCCACCACUAUCCCUCCUUUCUUCAUCCACCCACCCGAAGCCCUCCCCAUUUCCACUUCCUCCACAGCUCCUCCCGUCUCCGAACUAAUCCCCGUCGUCGAUCUGACCGGCGUCGAUUCCGACCGUCGAUCUCGCAUUGUGGAACAAAUCCGAAAUGCCUCUAGAGAGUUCGGCUUCUUCCAGAUCAUCAACCAUGGCGUCCCCUCCGACGUUAUUAACAGCACGAUCGACGCCAUCAAAGCGUUCAACGAGCAGCCAACGGAGGUGAAGUCUCAGUACUAUACUCGGGACAUGGGUCGCGGCGUGUUCUUCGCCACCAAUUUCGAUCUCUACAAAUCCAAGGCCGCAACCUGGAGGGACACGGUUCAUGUGAGGUUCAGCCCCACCGCUCCUGAAAUCGAGGAUAUUCCGGAGAUAUUACGGAGAGAGAUCCUGGAGUGGGAUCAGCACACAAGACGGUUGGGAGAGGUUCUGAUGGAGACCCUGUCGGAAGGGCUGGGUGUUAAGUCGGAGAGGUUUAAGGAGCUAUCGUGUUUGGAAGGGAGGGUGAUGGCGGCCCAUUAUUACCCCUACUGCCCUCAACCUGAUCUAACGUUGGGAAUUGAGUCUCACACUGAUCCGGGAUUAUUGACUGUGCUGCUGCAGAACCAUAUCGGAGGGUUGCAGGUGAAGCACGAUGAUGAGUGGUUGGAUGUGAAACCCGUACCUGAUGCUCUUGUCAUCAACAUCGGCAACAUUCUCCAGAUUUUUUCGAACGAUGAAUUCAAGAGCGUAGAACAUCGUGUGUUAGCGCAUAGUUGCCGGGAGCCACGAAUCUCGAUUGCCAUUUUCAUGGAUCCAGGUAAGAUGGAGCAGUUGUAUGGACCUCUGCCGGAGUUAACAUCGCCGGAGAAUCCAGCAGUAUUCCGGCAAUUUACGCUGGUGGAAUAUUUUAAAAGGUUUGUAACCAAGGAGCUAGAUGGCAAGUCACUGAUAAAUUUCUUCAGAUUGUGAGGGACCAUGAUUGUAUCAUGGAUGAGCCAUUACAAUAAGAAUUGAAUUGGAAUCAUGUAUCUCAUUUCUCAGGGAUUAAAUGGCUUAAAC